GGAGAUAGGCUCCGUGAACACUCACAAUAAUACCCAUAGUACAUUUAUGUGUUCUAUAGUAUAAUAUUACCAUCAGAAUUUUACUAUGAAUUUUCCUAUAACUGUAGUGGUAUCCAUUACUAUUACUAUUACUGUUUCGGGUUCGCAGAAUUACAGAUAAAUAUUCCAAGACCAAGACCAAGUUUAUUCAUCCAUGACGUUUGGUUCCGUAUUCAGAGGUCCCCCCUCGUGAAAUUUCCCAAACACGAGCCUAUAUCUGUAACAAUCACAUAAGUAUGCGCAUAUGGACGUUUCACCCCCUCCCUGUAUUUCUUUUUGUUCGAUGCCUUUCUAUUUCCUUCCGGUUCCAUCCGGUCGGUCGCGCAUGAAGGCAUGCAACGCAAGCGCACCUACAGAUGCCAGUAUUCGUACAGCACUGUGAAACCAUCUAUCACGGCGCGUGGUUUUUAGUCCUCCAGUUAACGCGGACAAGUACGCAUCGGGAAUCGAGGAAAAAAUCGCUCUACGAUACCUGGAGAAAAAACAUCUAAUGAAUUACAAUUUUACGCGAUAAAGUCUCCGUUAACCACCGUUAUUAAUGGAGUGUCAUCGCGAGGGAUUGACAUGACGAAUAGUCAUUGCGUUCGUUAAAAGAAAAAAAAAUUAAAACUCGAUGUAAGUAGAAGUCGUGCAUCUCUAAAAUGGAAACCAAGAACUUGGGGAUAUCGCGAAUCUUCGUGUGUUGCUCAAAUAUCAUUUUCCUGAUAUCGGGUUUCGGGUUGAUGUCGUUAGGCGCAUUGCUAUUAGCCGACGACGAGCGCGUUCUGUUAUCGCGUUUGCUGGGACCAGGUGACAUACACCCCGAGCAACCACUCUUUUACUAUCUGGCUUUCGCUGUCGUUGGUUUAGGAUUUCUAAUCACGAUCACGAGUCUGCUGGGAUGCUGGGCAACUUGUCUCUAUAACCGAUGCGCCACUGUCUCUUAUUUUAUCACGAUCAUUGUACUGCUGAUCGGUGAAUGCACCGUUUGCGUUAUGGUGGUGUUUUGGCCACACAUUCUGGGCAUCGAUGUCAGACCAGCGCGACUGAUACGGGCUUUGCAACGGAGUUACGCUGUCCCUGGUCGAGAACAAUUCACGGCAGCCCUUGAUCUUGCACAGACCACGUUUGUUUGCUGCGGCAUAAACGGAAGUAGCAAUUACGGCACCUCCUGGUGGCGGCUGCAGGAAAUCGGACGAAGAGAAUUAGUGGUGCCUCUCAGUUGCUGCGCCCUGAACAACGCCAACGAGACGGACUCCUUCCUCAACCCCGAACCUGCCAAUCUUACUCUCUGCCAGGCUUUGAACCCAGCCGAACAUCAAUACGCCCGACACACCGCGGGUUGUUUGGAAAUGCUGGAGAAAUGGACACAGGAUCAAGCCCUGAUACUGCUCACCGUUGGCCUGGCCGUGAUUUUCGUGGAAGUAGGUGCGCUUCUGAGCACGUUCUUCGCCUGUUCCAGAGGCAAUAAAAGGGCCAAAUCUCAAGCUUCAACGUUCACGUCCACUCAAACCCUGAGCCCCUUUAGCGAGAGUGACCACGAUUUCGGCAUGGGAAUCGAGAAUCAAAUGCACGUGGCAGGAACGACGUUCGGCGCUAAGUCAUGAAGGUGGCUAGAGGGCAGUGAGGGUAAAUCACCAAUCGUCAACGAUGCAGACACGAAAUCCGUGUCCAAUCUAUCUAGGCUUAACGACAUAUCGCGAUUCAGUCGAAGUAUAAUCGAGGAAUGGAAAAAUCCGUCAAAAUUCUGCGACGACGUCCUGCGCAGCGACCAAUUGUACGAAGAACGCGCAAUCGACGUGCCAAACUAUCCCCCGCAUCAAAACUAUCUCAAGAAAAGCAACGACACAGUUAAGAUUCGCCAAGACAAGAGAACCAUUGGCAGAAGAACCCAAAAAAAUGGUACCGUCAGGAGCAUUCCGAUAAAACAUUAUCAGGCAUCGAUAGCACAUAACAUUGGUACGCUCAGACGAUCCGUGGCUCCUCAAUUGCAAUUCGAGUCAUCGAUCUCCGAGCCUGAAAAGGGCGUCUGCUCGUCAAAAUAUAAAAACAACCCCUCGAACGAUGCGUCUCUCACUCAGAACGAGACCAGACACUCCCAAACACGAUCGACUCACGUCUCAAACCCAUCCAGAAGAUCUUGUCACUCCUGCGACUAUCAGCGCGAACUUCAAAGCAGAAACAGCAAGACCACCUCGAAAUUGAAGACCCUGGAUAAAAGAAUAGUUAAAAGCGAGCACAACGUCGCCGUGCGCGACGACGAUCGAGACUUUAGUGACUUCGAUGAUUACUUCCAUAAGUCUAGCUCGCGAAGGCUGAACUCUGGUCACCGAAGAUCGAACGACGCAAAGCCUGAGGACCAAUCCAACAUGGAAAAUAGCACUAGACAUUCGAAAGACGGCGAGGUGGACGUCGGUGGUAAAUUGGGAACGAUCGAUUUGGAGCGCGGACACGUUGGUCAGAAGAUAUCCGCGUAUGAAGAGAACGCGAGAUGCAGUGGACGCAAUUGGAACUUCCACGACAGGUACCAAGUAUUUUCGGAGACGCCAAAACAUCGAACCAUAGGUGUGCCAUUGGUGGGAAUGCAUAAUGCUUGUGGUUUGCCUGUAGUGGCUUCCUGGCACGAUCACGAACUGCUGGAACCUCUGCGAGUCAGAAGCAGACUUUUGGGAACCCUGAGACCGAUUUUUAGAGGACCUCGCGCGUCCACUAGCUUUCGACAUCGAACGCAUCCCAAAAGAAGGGCUCCACAACCGAAUCAAGGUACUUUAAAAACAAUUCGUUCCACGGAAUCAAGAAACUCCGAUAGAAAGGCUGAUUACCCAUCGAUAAGGUCGCUGGUGUCCUUCGAAGUAGGCAGUGGCGAUGUCAGAAAGAGAAGGAGGCGUCGUUCUUCGCUCAAGGGAAAAAAAACGGGGACGUUAUCUUCGAAAAAUUCCAUGAAACGCACACAUAGAUCGUAUGUAAAAAAAAAUAAGGAAAAUUCGAUGGUUGGUAGCACUCGCAGAGGAUCGUUCGAAGCUGAAAACAACAAACGGCAAACAUUGUACGCACGGGACAAUGGCGAUGACGCGGUACAAGUUCUGAAGAAUUUGUGUCUGAAUCCUUUGGCUCGCACGAAGUCAGAAACUGAUAUGAUAUGGUGAUACUAAUUACUGUACUAGGAAAUAAGAUUCUGGAUUCCAUGAAUGUCACAGAAUUGAUCAAAAUUGUUCUUUAACCUUUCGUUUUAUAUGCAUACUUGCUAUUCGACGUUGAAAUCAUUAUAAAUGGAGUACAUUCUAUUGUUUACUUCUACAAUGCAUGUGUAUGCAUCGGCUGCUUUGUAAAUAUGCUUAAACGAGUUUAUAUUGUAACCUUGAUUAUUAUAAUACAAAACCCUUGCUACCCUCGUUAAGAAGUCAUGUAUUUUAAUACUUUAAACGUUAAUUAAAUAUUCUAAGUUUGUAAUAUUAUGUUACAUAGAUAAUCCUAGAAUUUGAGUUUGAUAUUAAAACAAUUAUGUU